CGGCGAUUCUCACAUCACACUGAAGGAAUUGGAACAAAAGUGGAACAAUUUGGCUUUGGGAACUUUGAGUGAAAAUCAUCUUCAUUCGCAGACACCGUCUCAUAAUUGAUUGGAAUUCCAACAAUCUUCAUUUUCUUGAUUUACAUUCACCAUGGAAUUUCCUGAAUUGGGAACUAAUUGUGCUGUAGAGGACUGCAAACAAAAUGAUUUUUUACCGUUCACUUGCACCCACUGUUCUGUCAUCUUCUGUAAAAAUCAUUUCCAAGCAUUUGCUCACAACUGUCCUAAAUGCGUAGACAAAUAUGUCGAAAGUACCGAGAGCAAUUUAAAGAAUUUCAAUUGCUCUCAGGAAUCCUGCAACGAGAGCUCACCCGUUGAAAUUCCCUGCGUCAAAUGUAAAAAACACUUUUGUGUUUCGCAUCGUUACCACGGAUGUUUGGAAAUGAGCCAAGAGGAAAAAAUGAGCAAAUUGAAAAAAUGGCAAAGACCCAAGGCAGAAUUCGCUAUUGCAAAAACCGCUGUGGAUGAACAAGUUAAGGAAGCCUUGAAAAAGUCGAAAAACGUAGCAAUGGCUAACAAGGUACAAUUGAUGAAAUUAAAAGGCAAAGCAACGGGUGCAAAAACUAUUCCUACAGCAGACAGAAGAUAUUUCCACGUUCACCCACCAAAAAAGAACUGUCCGAAGACUGAGUCGCGGGCAAUAUUCGUGAGCGUGGAUUGGACGAUUGGUAAAGUAACGGACACUUUUUCCAAAGCUUUCAACGUUUUCAACGCUAACAAUAUUGGAAAUUCGGAGAAACUCCGAUUAUUUCAUCAUACGACAGGGAAAAUCAUUGCCGAAAAAAUGGACACUCCGUUGCUAGAACUUCUCAACAACGAAUCAUUAAUCGACGGUCAGAGCGUCAUUUUAGAAUAUUCCAAUGAGAAUGAAAUUGAUCCUAGUUCAUACAAAUGAAAUAAAAAUAAUAAAACAAAAAUUUAUUUUUUUUGCAAUAAAUGUUAUUGAGUAGAAAUAGUUGUCAUGCAUUUUUUAGUUUUCCGUUUUGUCUGUGACUUUAAUUGUGUGCAAAUCAGUUGAAAAACAACUUCAAUGGAUUACGUAAAAAAUAAAAACAAGAUUUGUUGUGCGUUUGGGAUUAAGUCGAAA